CAUUUGAAUCGAUUUUCGUGUCUCUUUUCAUUUGUCAAAGCUUUUUUUACAUCGUAUUUGAUGCAACGCAAUUGAUCGUCACUUGUCUCUUAGCACAGCUACAGAGCAUCAAGCUCAUCUAAUUUACCUUUUGCAAGAUUUUCUCGAAUUCGCUUUCAUUCGCCAUGUAUAAGAAGUUGCCUCUCUCCCUCUCUUUCUCUGUCUGUCUUUGUCUCUUUCUCUUUUUGUGGUUUCCGCGGAAAAUCGUGAGACGACAAGCGAAGACGACGCCGCGCGCUGUUUUAAAUAUAAAUUCGCCGCCGGUAGUCGGCUGAACCUUUAGUCUUGAUUUCGCGACGCUGGCGCACGCACGUUAGCAAACGCUCCUCGAUCAUAUUUUUCUUAAUUCGCCUUUUUUAUUUGUAUUCGAGUCUGCGAUAACUGACAUCUUUUCGUUCGGAGUUAAUUGGAUACAAGUGACUUGGUUCUUUCGUCAAAAAAAAACACACACACAUCGAGGCACAAUCGAGAAGCCGACUCACGUUUCUUCAUCUGGCGUAACACUACAUUUUUUCUCCGUGAAAGAACAAACGAAAGAGAAUCAUUUGCAUGCAAGAAGUCAAGUGUAAUGAAAAUUCGAGACUUUUUGAAUAGAAACGAAAGAAAAGUGCACUACUGUGACGUAAAAUUUUUAUUUGGCGUGUGAAGCAUUCGACAAAACCAGUUGGUUCAAUUUUUCAGUUACCCAGUGUUACAAAAGAUAGUGAAUAAUCUAAGACAUAUAAUCUGUAGUUAUCGAAGGGUCAGCAAUUAUAAAAAACUCAAACGCAUCGAUAAUUUUCCAUUAAAUCGACAAUACGAGUCGGAAGCCCGAAACAAAAAGAAAACUAGUCGAGUGACGUAUCGUCCAGAGCCUCCGCAGUCUUUUGUUGGCCGUUGACCAAGAUAUUUGACUCUUUACGUAGAGCCCGCGAAAAAUCGUUGAUUAAGUGUUAUGAUUUGUCGGAGCCUGCACAAAACUGCGUGAAACAUCCGGUGACGAAAUUGAUCGAGCAUUUUUUCAUUUCGUGUCUAACUUUGCGAGAAAACUUGACAAAAUAUUUGUUAUUUGCUGAGAUUACAAACCGGCUCAGAUUGAACGAAAGCUCCAAGCGAAAGAAAGGACCAGAGCAUUCCGUUACUCGUCUUCAUUUGAAAUCAAUUUGGAAAGUCGACGGAGGAAAUUAGAAAAGCGUCAGAGCGUAAAUUCGUGUCUGCAGGUCACCGAACUCCCGAGAGCCGAGUCCGUAGGUUUCGAUCAAGCGUGAAGAAUUGACCUUUUUGCCAAUAGACUACACGAAGAAGGGCGUGUCAGUCAAAGGAAGCGAGAAGAAUUUUCAACGCUUUUUUCUUCAUCUCGUUGAACUAAUUAAAAAAAGAAGGACAACUACGGGUCUCCGAGAUCUCGAAAGUGAUAGAUAGCUUCGUUUUAUGAAAAAUAUCAGAGACUACACGUCGUCGAGUUUUAACGUAGUCAAGUGUUUCGGAAGGAAAAAAAUGACUUGCUCGAUGAGGCCGAAUCGCGCCCCCGCGCCUGUUUUCGUGCCCAGUGUGGCACACUACACGCGCAAUUUUCACGCGCCGCUUUUCAAGACGGUCAGCAUCGUCAGCUCCGUUACAAUUGUCUUUUUACCGGCACCUCUGAAAAUUGUUCACAGGGACGAUGACGCAUAAUGGCAUGAAAUCACCCCGUAUAUUAAUAAAUUUGACUGGCUGUAACAAAAUUUCGGCAUUUAAAAAUCGGUCCUUGUUUUCCUCUGACUCUUUGGUCGAGUGCAUUUAUAUACUACUUGUAUCAAUCAUUACCAAAGACAUUGCGAUAAUUUUCAUGAAAAAAAAAAACUUGCUUAAGCGAUGCUUUUGAACAUUUUUAAUGUAAAAUGUAUUCUCGGUAAAUGGUAAGAAAAUUGCGCAUCACUCAAGGACACAUUCCCCCUUUCGAAAGAAAAAUCGGUACAUAAAGUAUAUUUCGAUCAGUCAUCGCUCCAUGCGAUGUGUCUCGUUAAUUUCAGAGCGCGCCGCUGAAUCGCACGAAUUUACGUCUCUUUGUAGCGCUGCGCUUUAUUUUUAUAUUCACCACAAAGGCAUGUACUACAGUCGUUUGCAAAACUCUCGGAUAAUUAGAUCAGUUUUGUUUAUACUCUCGAAAAAACAUUUUGUUUUCUACUUGUAUGUGUUCAUUGCACCGUACAUAUAUAUCUACUCGCCUGCACGGGCUUAUAUUCGUACACUUACCAAUGUGUAUGUAUGACGCAACGCUCUGUACUACUACUCUGAACUACUAACGCACGUAGAGCGUUUGUAUACAAAAUUGAUAAAUCGUAGCAAUAAUAAUCGUAUCUUACCAUGUACAUGUACUCGUUAUUUUUUCUUCUUUCCUUUUCCCAAUUCCGAUCCCGGUUUACCUUGAGCGUUUGGCUUUAAAGCAGCUGAGCGUAUUAUAUCGCUUUUUCGAGAAAUUAUGAGAGUACCGUAACGUAUAAUCACGCCUCGAUGGCCUAUUUACGCAAUUUUUUUUUCGCUUCAACGACACCAGUAGCGAGCGCUUAGACAGUUCGCUGUGGAAAAAGUUAGAUUCAUUCGAAAUAGUUGAAUGCGAGAACGAGUAAAGUGAAAAUACAGCCUAUUCUUUUGUCAACGUGUCGGCGGGCCAUCGCACCUUAUUCACUUGUAAAAGCGCGCCGCUGCUCCAAAAAUAAUCCUCUCUCUGUACGGCCAGUCGCGCACGCACCGCACAUGCACCCGUGUUCCAUCUUCGUCCCGCGUUCUCUCUCGCGUUUUAUUUCAAUUCUCGUUUCCUCGCCUUGUUUGAGUAUAAAAUUACACAUGCAGCGCUCGGCGUUAACAUAAUCAUAGCGAACGACUCGGGGGACUCGUCGGCUCUGAUUCGAUUGAAUAAUAAGUUCGUAUCAUUUUGCAUAAAGAAUAAAAACAGAAAAAGACCGCGUCACCGAUACAUAUACGCAUUUAAUGGCAUGCGACGCAGGCGUGAAAAAAAUCAGGUUGCACGUUGACAAUGAUCUUGACCUCCACGAGGACUGCGAGCAAUAUAAUGCCGCUAUUUACUGCCUCGCAUGUGUAUGUAUGUGUGUGUGUGUGUGUCAAGUGGCAGUGACUCGUGCGAGAAGAAAGUUGACUCGUGGGACGUAGAAUCGAUUGGUCGGCCGAUUAUUUUCACUUGUUGAGAGUCGUCUAUUGAAUCGACAGUGGAAGUCGUUAUAGCACAGGUCUCCUCCCGUCCGCGUGCGUUACGUAAAGCGUCCAUUGUCGACAUUGACGAUUAUCAUCGAAUUACUUGCAGCUGGCGUUGUCGCGCGCUUAGAAUCUCGGUGUCGUGUGCUCGCUAUCCAGUCUCCGUUGGUCGCUCGAAGGCACGACCGCUGCUACCGCGCAUAACUCGUACGGAUACGCGCUCGGCUUUUCUAUGGGCCCUGGAUUGAUCGUUCGAUCAACCGCGUUAUUAUUCAACUGUUUUCGACAGACAGAUAGAGAGUGAGAAAAAACUGCCUCACAGUGUUCAUUCAACUCGCUGCAGUGUGUAACAAACACGGCUCUGCAGAUUUUAACGAGUUAUUUUGUCGAGCAAUUGGCCAGAAGCGUCGUCGUUCGAGGCGCAGCAGCUAUGUAUACGUUUGUAUGUAUGGACUAGUAAGCGAUUUACGAGUGGCGAGUCGAGCAGCUGCUACUGCCUGCGCUCGGAUAUAGUAUGCGCGGACGGCCGCAUAGAAAGCAAAUAAAACGAAAAAAUAACUAGGAAUUUUAAUCUUGCUCGAGUUUUAUUUUUGGUGCACACAAUAUGAUUAUUUGUUGGUAAAAAUUUCCAUCUCGGCGUCGGCAAGGCAUUGCAUCAUCCGCGCCAUUGUCGAGGAAGGAAAAAAGCUCGCGCGCUGGCUUAAUAUUAGGCGCUCGCAAGCUCUCGUCCGGUGAAAGCGGGUCAUAAGCAAAAUUCACGGCGCGACCUCGAUUGCGCUACCGACGCGAAAAUAGUCAUCGUCGAGGGAGAGAGAGAGAGAAAGAGAUGCGUAGGUACCUAUAGCUAUAAACACACACACAUGCUUCGCAGUCGGCAGCGAGUCGAGCCGAUCGCCAGUCGUUUCGUGUAAGCGCGCCUGCGAGCUUGCGCUAAUCAGCUGGACAGCUUGCCUCGCUCUUCCGCUCGCUCGCAUCAUGCAUCGCGCUUGAAUUUUUGACCCGACUCAAUUUACAUUCGCCUAUGCGAGCGAAAGACAAUCGGUUGGCGCGUCUCGAGCGCUGCUGCUGCUUCAUCGACAUGACGGACGAAUUAACCAAGUAACUGAGCUCGAGCAGCCUGCCAAAAGUAGCGACCAUCUCACGCGUUGCUUACAAAAAGGUUUACGAGAAAAAAAUAAAAACAAAAACAAACAUAAUAGGCCAGUCAGCAGGUAAAGCUUAUUUUCGAUACUUAAUCUAAAUGACGUAGUUGUUGAGUGAUUUUGAGGUUAAUCGCAUAGCAAAACAAAAAAAAAUAAACAUGAGCUCCAGAAUGGAAGCGAGCCUCUCGAGCGACUCGUUCAGCUCGACUUGCAGCGGUUCGGAGCUGAAAUUGUUGGGCCUUUUGGCCGGCAUCGACGACGACGACGACGACGAACGAAAGUCAGAAAAAUGCAUAAACGUCGUGGCGAUAUCUCGCGUAGUCGCCUUGCGCUCGUUCAGCUGGGCUAGGUCCUCUCUCGAGAGUUUGCCCAUCAGAUUGACACUCGAGAACGUCGGUGGCUUUAUGGCCGUUUUGGCUGCCUUCAUGCCAAAAGCCGUAACUUACACACUGAUAUAUCCGAUUUAUAGAUUGCUCUUCGGCACGCUAUAUCCGGCCUACGCCUCUUACAAGGCCGUGAGGACGAAGAACGUCAAAGAAUACGUAAAAUGGAUGAUGUAUUGGAUCGUGUUUGCGCUAUUCACCUGCGCAGAAACUUUCACCGACGUCUUUUUCAGCUUCUGGUUCCCCUUUUAUUACGAGAUCAAAAUCAUACUGGUGCUUUGGCUGCUGAGUCCAGCGACUAAGGGCUCGAGUAUUCUCUACCGGCGCUUCGUCCACCCGGCUUUGUGCAAAAGGGAGUCCGAAAUCGACGAGGCCUUGGCUCGGGCCACCGAGCAGGGUUACUCGGCUGUGCUACAGCUCGGCUCCAAGGGUGUCAACUAUGCCACUACGGUGCUCAUGCAGACCGCCAUCAAGGGUGGCGGUGGAUUGGUCCAGCAUCUGAAAAAAAGUUACAGUCUCAGCGAUCUCACUGGUGAAAAUGAAGAUUUAAAUAAAAAUACGCAAUCGCACGAUGAAGUCGAUCAUGAUGAUUCUCAAAGGAGAGAGAAAACUGGUUGUAAGGGAUUCAGUCCUCGUAGAACUCAGUCCAUAAACAAUGAAAUGGACAUGUACUUUCCUGAAGUCAACGUUGAAAUGCAAAAGUCGACGUCAAAAGAAUCACUCGCUAGUUUAACAAAUAUCAAAUCAUCCGAAGAUAUUUCAAGUGGUUACAGUAGCGCCGAAGCUUUACAUUUGCAGUCGAAUCGAGGACUCGUAAGCUCUGGAAAUAGACUUGAACGAACCACUAGUGUCGGGGCCCGCGUUCGCUCCAAACCACGUUCAUCUAUUAAAAAGAUACCUGAGGGUGAAGAGAGCUUCGAACGACAACUUUCGGCCGACAUUUUAUCUCAACUUUCGCCGGAGCAGGCACGCGAGCUUAUUGCUUACCUAUCAAAAAAUAGAGAGCAAGCAGAGAACGAUUCUUUUCAAGAGCUACAAGAUUCGAGCGAGUCCGAUGAUGAUAGUUCGACUCUUAAAGCUGAUGCUCCUGAUCAGUCACAAGACAAUAAGAAAUUUGAUCCUGAAUCGGUUGCGAGUGCUGAAAUUAAGGAACUGACUAAAGAUGAUAAAUCAGAUGGGUCCAAAGUGGUCGAUUCUUGUUCUGAUAAAAUGGACGAGCUGAAAAAAUUAUUGAACGAUACCAAGGCCACGGUUGGUUCAUUAAUUUCGUCUCAAGAAGACAUCAACUUGUCGAGGAACACUUCGGAGUGCAUCGAACGAGCUGGUAAAUAUCGCAAAAAGCCAGCUCCUAAGGUGCCUGUUAACGAUGAAGAUGAACCGGAAGCUAGACCUGUAAAGGCUACUUUGGUUAUUAAACCUGGCAGAGUCAAAAAUUUUUCAAAUAACAAAGACUUUUUAGCUUUCCAAAGAAGAAAGCAAAUGAUUGCUAAAACUGCAACGAAAGAUAGUUUAACAAAAUUUCUCACUAUACCGAAAAGUAUUUUCAACAAUACCUUUCACAAGGAGAAAGAUGAUGAUUCAAGAUCAAUAAGUUCUGGAAGAUUUAGGUCCAGAUCAGGAAGCUGUGAAACUAUCAAAUUUAACAUAGACGAUGCUCUCAAAGAUUUGGCUGAUGCUCCUAUAAGUAGUAUGAAUGACAAUGAAAUAUGCAAUAAUUCGAAACUUGAUCAUUUAUCUGAACCGUCGUCGACUGUCACCCAGAGAAGUAAAAGCGAGAGUACAGACGUUUGAACACAAGGCUUAUAUACAAGGACGACUUUAAAGAAGAAAAAAUGUAUCGAGCUUUGCAACACUGCCUCGAAUUAACAAGAAGUCAGCAAAGAAGAAGGUCACAUGAAAUUUGCAAAUGCUUGAUUGAGAAAAAGAACCUUAAUUAAUUCUUUGUACUCAUCAAUUCAAUCCCCUUUUUAUAUAAGCUUUGUUCAUGCCAGAACAUAAUUUCUAGUUGAUUGAAGAAUGAACAACAAAAAUGCAUUAACGAAACGUUAAUGAAUGCCUUGAUACUACAAUGGACAUAAUUUUUGCUUUUGAUGCGGUUUUAAAUUAGUAUAUUCUAUGUUUAAGAUGAACUUGAAUAAUGCCAGUUAAAAUUUAUUGCAAAAUAUUAUAUUUGGUUGGGAUAGUCUUGCGAAAAAAAAAUCUGUCAAAUAAUAAUCAAGUGCAAUCGUCAAAAGCUUAUAAGAGUACUUAAAAAUAAGUUGAAUUACAUUUUACAAUUUUUUCGAUGUGCACAAAAAAAAUUUGUUUGAAUAUGUUUGGAGUACAUUUCAUCAUUACUUUAUGUUUGUUUUUGAACCAAGAGCACAAAAAUUUAAUUGUAAGGUCUAGUCAUAUAUAGAGGUGACACCAUAAAACUGAGUUUGUACACCACUGUGCCAAUAAUUACUUAAUAAUAGGUGUCAUUAAACUAAAUGACAAUAAAAAAAAUACGUUACAUGAUAUAUAGAAUGAAGGAACACGCAUAUCUUAUUAUAUCAAGAAUAAUUAUCAAAAGAUUCGAUCUCAUUUCUUAAGAUUUACUCAGAGUAAUUUAUAUAUAUUAAUAUUAUACUUAUUAUUUAAGAUGAUGGAAUUAAAUUAUUCAAAGAUAAAAUUAAAUAAUUUAUAUAGUUACAUGACUUUAUGGUGAAUCUCUCUAAAAAGAAGGCACAUUUAAUUCAAAUUAAUUGAAGUGCCUGUCAUGCAAUCUUCUAUAUAAAAUUGUUAUAGAUUUUGUUGUAAAUAGAAUUGAAAAUAUUGCUUAAGAAAAGGAAAGUGAGCUUUAAAAAAGUUCCAGUACUUACUCUAAAAAUAUAAGGACUAUUCAUACUCAUUUAGUCUAUUCUAUUUUGAUCUUCCAAAUUUUAUAUUUGAAGCAAAUUUCAAGGUGCUAUGAAGUCAAAGAAUAUCAAAGAUUGGCUGUAAAGAAUUUUGUUAGACUCGAUAAAUGUAAUAAAUAUUUGACUUCCAAACAGUGAAGAAAAGUUGUUGUAAGACACAAUGUGAAAGCAUGAAAAGUAUUCAGAUUUAUUACACGCUUCAUGCAUGAAAAACGUGAUCAAACAAUACAUCGUAUUUGUAGUUUAAUAAAAAGCGUUGAAACUUAAAGAUCGUAAUGAUUAUUGAAACCCUCUCGUUAUUGUGUAUAAAAUCAUCACUUAUACACACUUACCAAGGCCUAUAGGUGCCUAGAUAGGUUCGACAGUAGCGGCAGUAAUGAUGGGCGGAUUUGCAGCGACUAGAGCA